AUGGGAUCUACUCUUCUCUCUGCCUCGAAGAAGGCCAAAACUAAGUCAAAGCCUGCCAAAAACUCAUCCAAUAAAAAUUCCGAGAGCGUCAAUGAGAAUGGCGAAAUUCAUCCAGAUAGGCUCAGCCAGGUUCCGUCAAAGAAACGAAAGGCCGAGCCAAAGAGCCAGCCGGACCAAGAUGAUUCCAAGGACUCUUCUAUACCCGAAGAUAUGAGCAAACCAAAGACCAAAUCUAAGUCUCGAAAAUCCGUCACCUUUUCAGAAGACACAAAACCACAGGAGGAGACAGCCGAUGUGGAGCUUACGAUAGACCCAGAGGAUGACCCCGAUUCACUUGCAAACAGAAGAGCUGCCAAGAGACGCAAACGUGAUGAGCGCAGGAAAGACCGGAGUGCUUCAGUACAAACCAAACCAGAAAUCAAAGUCUCAUCCGAUCCAGUCUUAUCAUAUCUCUCGACUUAUCAAAACUCAAGAAGCGAAUGGAAAUUUCAGAAGAACCGAGAAACGGCCGUCAUCAAGAACUGUUUCUCUAUAGAUCGGAUACCCGCUAGCUACAACUCUGCGCUGAGCGCUUAUCUUUCCAGCUUAAAGGGCGAAGCGGCUAAAAAGCGCAUCGUUGAAGCUGCCAAGGAAGCUAUAUCAAAUGACGACAAGAAGACCGACUGGAAAAGAAAGAUGGUAGUGGGGAUGAUGAUGAAAUACCUGCCGGGCUAA